AUGGCCGGUGGUUUCCUCCCAUACCACGAACCUGGAACUGUCGAUAUCCUCAUUAUCGUUUCUUUCUUCUUUUUCCUUUCUCUUGCAAGAUGGGUCUCCGCAACGGUAAUCCAGGCCGGAAUCAUAGGUCAAAUCGCCGUCGGCAUCAUCUACGGUGUACCCCUGGCCAAUAUCCUUCAACAUCACUGGCAAGAGACCUUCGUUACUCUUGGAUAUGUCGGUCUCAUUUUGAUCAUUUUUGAGGGCGGUCUUGGCGCCCGUGUGGACUUGCUCAAGCAGAACUUCACUUUGAGUAUGAUCGGCGCCGCAACUGGAGUUUUAUUUCCUAUUGGUCUUUCAUACCUUUUGCUUUUUCUCGGCUUCGGAUAUGGUGCGGUCGAGACCUUCAUCAUCGGCGCAUCUCUUUCCGCUACUUCACUCGGAACCACCUUUGCUGUGAUCAGCUCUGCGUCCGACACAGUCAACCUCGCCGAGACUCGAGUAGGAUCAGUUCUGGUGAGCGCGGCUGUUAUCGACGAUGUUGUAGGACUUGUCAUGUUAAGUGUGAUUGGUGAUUUGGGCAAACUUUCAGGUGACGGUGAUGUCAACCUGGGAUGGCUCAUCGGGCGUCCCAUAGUGGCAUCGAUAGGCAUGGCCGUCAUGACUCCUAUCGUUACUAAAUGGGUUUUUGCGCCAUUCUUUCGAAAGUUCAUUGAAUACCGCUUUGCGCGUUUCGACCAUAUCUCCAACAUCAUCCUUAUGACGCUUGUUCUUUCGGCUUUUGUUGCCAUCGCUGGCUUUACAGGUACAUCCGUCUUAUUCGGUGCCUUCCUGGCGGGUGUAUUUCUUACAUACAUACCGAGCAAGCACCCCGAGGGACCAUUUGUCGUUCUAAGCCGCGAACAAGGCGAGCGCGAGGCCGAUAAAAGUCCCACUUUCAUUCACACCUUUGAGAAAUACCUAUUGGGACCCCAGCAGUAUUUAAUGGAACCGAUGUUCUUCUCAAGUAUCGGAUUCGCCAUUCCGUUCUUGAAGCUGUGGACCGGGGAACGAAUUUGGAAAGGGGUAGUCUUUACUCUCCUGAUGGCGUUUGCAAAGUGCAUCGUCGGAAUCUGGGUCCCCAUAUGGCAACUAGCGGGUAGAAACUCUCAGAAAGAGUCACACGAAGAGCAGAAACCGCAGGGUGAGCCAAAAAAUGAUGUCUCCGACCCAAACGAUGAAGAGCAUAGCGAUCAGGAGAAUGGGAAGACGUGGCAACAGGUCUGGCUGGCCGCAACGCUAUUGGGAUCUGCCAUGGUAGCACGUGGUGAGAUUGGGCUUUUGAUCAUCGAAAUCGGACACAACGAAACUCCAUACGUCAGUGACGAAGGCUUCUAUACUGGCGUCUGGGCCAUCCUUUUGAAUACCAUCAUUGGCCCAGUCUCCGUCGGUCUUCUGGUUCGAUUCUACGCGCACAAGCUCGCAGGGGGGCUUGGGGAGUGCAGCGUGCUCCACUGCCUGUCUCGGGCCAUAGCAUGA